AUGAUGUAUGCUCUAUUCUUAUUUUCUCAAUUUGCUUAUUGCUACGAAGAAAUAUAGCUUCAAAACACUAAGGGACUUCGAUAACUUAAUAUAGAAAACACAAGGGAUGAAACAAUCGUAUUUGAAGCGAAAUCCAGUUAAAGUCAAGUAAGCAUACUGUUGAUUUGUGACUCUGCUCCAAACUUUUAAAAUUUACAGGAAAUUUACAAUGAUUCAAACUUUGGAUGCAUUUGUGAUUGGAAUGCUUUUGAUUUCUCUGAAGCUUCCUAAAAAGUAAUGCUUAUUCGAAAUUCAACAAAUAAUAUGAUAUCACAUUCUAAAAAUGUCAAAUACACAAAUAGCAGAUCUCCUUAUGUAGGAGUAUUUUCCAACAAAUAUGAUUUUGUCAAUAUCUACAUUUAUCCAAAAUAAUCUAACGAUUGCAUAGUGUAAAUUUCACAAGUAUUCAAUAGAAAUUGCAAGUACAAUGGAGAAUGCAACAAAGGCAGCUGUUAAUGUGAGGAAGGACACUUUGGUUUUGAUUGUAAAUACCAAGGGUCAAAUAUUUUGGAUGAGGAAUACCUGAUAAAGUCUAGGUUCUAUUAUGUGGAUCUAAAAUCUAUAAAGGAAUCUAAUUUUUCAAUUCAGUUUAAAAAGUAAGGCGAACUUAGUUAUUAAUGCUUCUCUAUAAAUCCUUACUUAAGAAAGGCCAAUAUUAUUAACAGUGACAAUAUUUAUAUAUCAGCAGAAGAAAUUAAUAACUGUUUGCAUUAAGGAGAUAUAUAAUUUGGGGUUGCUUCAUAUUACAUCAUUUAAAUUUAUCAAGAUGAAUUACUUUACAUUAAGAAAUAGGACAGUGAAAACUUCAAUGAUAACAGAACUAUACUAAUUGCCAUUUUGUCAACAUGUCUCUCAUUUCUAUGUUGCCUUAUCUUCUGUGUUUUUAAGUGUUACAGGACAAAGAGGGUAGUAGUAAAUCCAAAUGCAAAUGCAAAUAGAAUAUUAAUGAAUUUGUAAGAAAACAAAACUACAAUUGAUUAGACAUAAGAAAUAAAUGAGCUAAUUCCUUUAAUUUAAUACUCAGCUAUUUUCAAGAAAUACCCCUAAAUAUUAGAUUUUAGUCAAUGUGCCAUUUGUUUGGAUACUUUUUACCAAGAAUAGUAAGUGAGAGUGACUUAUUGUUACCAUGUUUUUCAUUCCAAGUGUUUUGAUGCUUGGAUUAAGAAAAAUUCAAGUUGUCCAAUCUGUAGAUCAUCAUAGGAUAAAAGAACUAUAAAGUAACAAGAAAAACUGCAAACCAUCAUUUCUUAAAACACAGAAUUCAACCCAGAAGUUACAAAUCAAAAGUAAGCGAUAUCAAGAACAUAUGGAGAAACUCCUAUGUUGACGAACCAUAGGUCAGUUGGAUCUUCUAAGUACAUCUAAAGUAAUAUUUGA